AAUAUGUCAGAGCUUACCUGUCUUAGAGCCAUUGUAUUCGUAGGGUGAGACUAGACACCUGCAAUUCGGCUUUAUUAUAGGCAAUGCACUUGCAAUUCUCGGUAAUUCAAGAUGAUUUCUAGUGAUUAUGUGUUGGAAUUGUGCAAUGUUUUUUACUCCGGGCAGGUGGAGAAAGGCUCCUGCCUACAAAGGAUGAUUGGGAAUAUCAAGACCGGGGUUAUUCUUAAGGAUGUUUCUAUGACCGUACAUUCGGGUGAAGUUUUAGCAGUAUUGGGAUCAAAAGGUAGUGGAAAAAAGGCUCUUCUAGAUGUGAUAUCCAGAAGAGCACAAGGGCCAAUAAGAGGUCAAAUUCUUUUAAAUAAUCAUCCUAUGAGUUUAUGCCUAUUUCAGCAAAGAUGCGCUUAUGUUACUCACAAAUGUGACUUUAUUUCGGGAUUGACAGUGCAACAGACGUUGUUUUACACACCGACAAAAUUGUCUGGUUAUUUAAAAAAAUCUAAAGUAAAACAGGUAAUGGCAGAUUUGGCUUUGUCUCAAGUUGCAAACAAAUGUGUACAAGUACUAACUCGCAGUGAAUAUAGAAGAUUAAUGAUUGGUAUACAGUUAAUUAAAGAUCCUGUGAUUUUACUGCUGGACGAGCCGACGUGGGAUUUGGAUCCGUUAAAUACCUAUUUGAUAGUAUCAAUUCUCUCGAAUGCAGCAAAGAAAUAUGGCACUGCAAUUGUAUUGACGAUGGAAAAACCUCGUUCGGACGUUUUUCCAUUUUUGGAACGAGUUUUGUAUUUGUGUCUUGGAGACGUCGUUUAUACCGGAGGAACAAGGCAGAUGUUGGAAUAUUUUAACGCUAUUGGAUUUCCUUGUCCUCAGCUCGAAAAUCCGCUUAUGUAUUACCUGUGCUUGUCUACGGUAGAUAGAAGAUCGAGAGAACGGUUCGUUGAAAGUAAUCAUCAAAUAGCAGCGCUAGUUGAAAAAUUUAAGUUAGAAGGGGGUCUUUUUCGAAAGGGCUCCAGCAUUCUAGGUCCUAAUCAUACUAUGGAGCAUGGAUUGCAUGGGAAUAAAAUUCCUCUUCUUCUAGGAAGACCAGGCUCUUUCGUUGUUGGAUGGACUAUUUACUCGAGAUUAUUAGCAGCAACCCUCAGUUUUAAGAAAUCGGGUUUAUCGCAAACAUUUUUGCGACUCGUUCUACUUCCAUUAUACUUCUUGUUAUUGUGGGCAUUCUACAGAGAAAUGAAAGACUGGCAACAAACUUACAUAUCCAGAAGCGGGCUCGUCUUGAACUGUCUAUCGGCAACAUAUUUUAUUGGAAUUUUAAACACAGUAUUAAUGUAUCCCAGAUACCGAACUCGAUAUUACCAAGAAACGCAAGAAGGUCUCUACGGAGGAACCCUGUUUUUGCUGACUUACAAUUUAGUUUCCUUGCCAUUUUCGUUUAUUUCCACCUUCGCAGCCACCGCUAUCAUAUAUCCGUUAAUUGAUGGAAGCUUUACCGUGCCUCUGGAUUAUUUCUACUGCAGUUUAAUUUUAUGGGCAUGCUACAUAUUCACGGAGCAACAGACAAUGGCGAUAUUAAUGAUAGUGAAAGAUCACCUAAAAGCAGCUAUUUUUAGUAUUUACAUAACGGCUCUUUGUAUUACGUUAAGCAGUGGAAUUUUGAGGUCAAUGAAAGGUUUACAGGAUUGGCUCUACUAUGCCACCUAUGCAACUCAAACGCGAUACGCCGCUGCGUUUCUAAACAGGAAAGUUUUCACGCACCCGAUGCUUAGCCAAGUAUUGCCCUACAACUCUCAACAUAAUUGCUCCAAUACGAAUUUCGAAACGUCGUUGCUCAGUGGCAUCAGCAAUCCAUAUUGCAGGUACGCCAACGGUCAGUCAUUUUUGACCGAAAGAUACAGCAGGGAUCCGACCGAUGUGAUUUUCAGCGGAAUUUUAGAAACGGACACUAACAUAGGGGUGACGUUCGCGUUCGCCCUGGGGAUGAUUGUUUUCAAUUUAUUUUUGUACUUAAUUCCUUUACCCUCGUUUAUUAAAGCAAAGUUCAGGGAGUAAUCGUGUUACAAGAGAAAAAAAAGAAGGAAAAACCAAAUGAUAGUGAUUGUUUAGUUCAUAUUUAAUAAUUAUUUAAAUAGAUGGUAUUUAUAUAUUUUUUGUUGCAUAUUUUUGAUCAUAUCUGUAUACUUUGUAAAUU